AUGGGGGUUCUGUCUAAGUUGUCCUUGGUAGUUUUGCUGUUUCUGGUGAGGGCCGCUGCCACUACAGGUGAGCCUCUCACCUUUGACUAUGAAGACCCUGUAAAUGGUGGCACACUGACCUGCAAACUCUGCCCACCAGGCACGCACAUGUAUGAGCCAUGCACCGACACUGAAGAAACCAAGUGUGCACCAUGUCCGAAAAACCACUUCACUGAAUUCUGGAACUACCUGCCCAAAUGUCUGUACUGUUCUAACUUCUGCACGGAUAAACUGAUGGUUGAACAAGAGUGCUCGGCUACACAGAACCGAGUGUGUCGGUGUAAAGAAGGAUACUACUGGCAGCAUUACUUCUGCAGCAAGCACACCCAGUGCAUGCCUGGAUUUGGAGCCAAAAUAAUUGGUGACGCACACAGGGACACACAGUGUGAAGUUUGUCCCAGUGGAACAUUUUCAGCACACACGUCUUCCAGCGCUCAGUGUUUAAACCAUACAGACUGUGGAAAGCUUCUCAUCACUCUGCCAGGCAGGACUUGGCAUGACAACAUCUGUGUAUCGUGUGCAGAUCUAAAAAAUGAAGGUUACAUAAAAAUAUUCAGACGCAUCAUUCCAGUCUUCUUCACCCAAAAACACGUCCCACAGAGGAAACUGAGAGCUGCAUUUUUACCCAAUGGUCAGAAUUAUCAGCAAAGAUCACUCAACACCAGAUCUUCAACAUUUAAAUACAUUGCUACAUGGACUGAAAAAGCUAGUCAUGAUCAGCUGAAGCAAUUACCAGCGAUGCUCCAGAGAUCAGGCUGCACCUACGCUGCCCAGCGACUAAAGAGAAUGUUAACUAGGUUAGAGAAAGUCUCGAAAUGCCAUUUAUAAAACAGAAAUGUAAAAUGGGUCCAUGUGUAAUUUAAGUGACAGUCAUGAGUAGAAAAGUGUUACAUUUUUUGUACUUUAUACGUUACAUGGCCAAAAGUAUGUGGAAACCUUUCACAAUGAUUGAGUUCAGGUGUCUAGACACUCCCUUUGCUAACAGGAGUAUAAAACUGAUUAUAUACAAUAAAAUACAUGCCAACUCUGUGGCAACAAUAAGGGGAAGGUCCUUUUCGGUUCCAGCAUGACUGUGCACAUGUGCUCAUUAAAGGAACUGUUUAAUGAGUAUGGUUUGAAAGAACUCCAAUGAGAUGCAAAGAACCCUGACCUUUUACCUUCACUUUCAGCCCAUCACUUUUGGAAUGAAUUGGAUGGUCAACUGUGAGCCAGACCUUCUUACCCAACAUCAGUUCUUGACCUCACUGAUGCACUUUUGAAUAAAUGGGCACAAAUCCCCACAAAAUCACAUGGUAACAGAAGCUGUUUUAGCCUGAGAAAGUAAAAUGGUUUUGAAAUGGCUUGUUCAGCUAUCUCAUAGGCGGUGUCUCAAUACUUUUGUCCAUAUAGUGUACACAUAAUUUAAAUAUUGUAAAUUAGGCUUUUUUAUGUUUUAAUUUCUAGUUAAGAUUUUUGCUCACAGUGUUAUUAUAUAGCUAUUAAUACGUUG